AUGGCCAGUGAUGUCGUACCUAAAGAUCAGGACAUCUCUGAUACCGAGAGCCUUGUUGUUAUACGAAGCGAUGCUCGAUUCAAGCGACUAGGUUGGAAACGCCUGACUGUCGUCGCAAUAGUCGAAGCAAUCGCCCUCGGAAGCUUGGGGCUUCCCUACGCGUUCGCAACUCUCGGAAUGGUUGUCGGCACACUCUUGACCAUUGGCAUUGGUCUGUUUGCAAUGUACGCUGCCCAUAACGUUGGACAAGUCAAACUCAAGUACCCGCACAUUGCCCACUACGCAGACGUCGGGCCAGUCCUGUUAGGGCGUUUUGGAGGGAAUAUCUUUAUAGCAAGCUUCGUUGCUUUGCUAGUAUUCGUAAUUGGGUCGCAUUGCUUGACAGGAGCAAUUGCGUUCCGAACAAUAAGCAACAGCGACCUGUGUUCCGUGGCUUUUAGCGCAAUGUCUGCUGUGAUUUUGAUGUUAUUGGCUAUCCCACCGUCAUUUGCAGAGAUUGGGAUACUGGGGUAUAUUGAUUUCGCAUCUAUAAUUCUAGCCAUAGGAACUACUAUCAUUGCCACCGGGAUUCAGAACUCGCAUCGAUCUGCAUCUUUGAUGGCGGAUUAUGUGCCUUGGUCUGCGUGGCCGAAGCCGGAUACGACCUUCUCAGCUGCGAUUGUUGCAGUGAAUACUAUCGUGUUUGCGUAUUCAUUUGCCGGAUGUCUUCCCUCCUUCAUGGAAGAUAUGCAUACUCCCGAGGAUUACGUCAAAUCACUUUGGUGGUUAGGGGCAAUUCAGAUUAUCAUUUACACGUUGACCGGGUCACUUAUUUAUUCUUUCGUGGGCCAAGGAGUCCAAUCUCCUGCUUUGUUGUCCGCGGGGCCCCUUCUUUCGAGGAUAGUGUUCGGAAUUGCUCUUCCUGUUAUUUUCAUAUCAGGGUCUAUAAAUACCACUGUCGUCUGCCGAUAUAUCCAUGGAAAGCUGUACCAGAACUCUUCCGUACGUCUCAUCGACACCGCCAAAGGGUGGGCCACUUGGCUUGGUCUUGUUGCUGUCAUCACAAGCCUGGGCUGGGUUAUUGCGGAAGCGAUCCCCAUCUUCCCGGAGUUGUUGUCAAUAAUGUCGGCUCUGUUCGUUUCUGGUUUGUCGUUCUACUUUCCACCGGUUAUGUGGUAUGUUCUAUUGCGGGAGGGCAAAUGGUAUGAAAGACGCAACAUAAAGACUGCAAUAGUCAAUGGUGUGGUAUUUCUUGUUGGUAUCGUUAUUUUCGGCUGUGGGACUUACUCUAGUAUUGCUGAACUGGCAAGUCUCUCCCUUUACCCGAUCUGA